AUGGCACCCCAGAAGAAAAAGCAAGCCACAGGAAGUCAGGAGCCCAAGCCCAAAGACAGAUGCUUUUGGACGCCAGAUGAUGAAACCGCACUCAUAGACUUUGUCGAGGUCAACAAAGCCAGAGCCGGCGAUGGCAUGAACUUCGACAAGACAUUCUGGAACGACGUUGCCGCGCACCUAGCUGGGUCCACAUCCCAAGGUGCAGUGAAGACAGGGGAUGCAUGUUUGUCGAAGUGGAAUCAUCUCUGUGCCACAUUUGUUAUUGUUGACAGAGCCUCCAUCAUCUCGCUGGCUAGUACCAGUGCAGCUGUUGCAGGCAUGAGUUUUGAUGAGGUGGAGAUGCACGACAAUGAAGUGGCGCUGGAUGAGUUGGAGAACACCUCCAAUGAUGAGACUGUGAUAGACGUCCUCAUGCCACCGCCGCCCUCCCUAUUCGACACAGCGCUCCAAUCCCCCUUCGCUCCCUCUACACUGGCCAUUGUCUUUCAAGAGCGUACACCCCAUGCUAUCAAUCCCAUUCCACUGCGCCGGCAGAAGGCAAUCAUUCAGCUGGAGAAGGAGGAGGGUCUGGAGGAUCACCAAGUGGUGGCGGUGAUCAAACAUUUCCAGAAGGAUGUCGCAAUCAUUGAUUCAUACCUUGCCAUUGAGAAAGAUAGUAUCUGCAGGCUGUUCUUAUCUGAUUAUUUUAAUUAG